CCCGCGCGGCGGCGUCCGCAGGCUGCAGGCCGCCGUCGGCAGCCCUUCAAUAAAUUCACGAUCACCGAUCACAUUCGCAAAUCGCAAUCACCGUCACGCCUACGCGGCAUCAAUCUACUGCCACUAGCACUAUACUACUAUACUCUCAACUCAAGUCUCCUCCUCCCCAUCGGAGCAGAGAGCAUAGCAGAGACGCACGCAGAAGGAGAAGGGGGGAUCGAGAUCGAUUUCGAGCACAAGCAGGCCCCGAUGGCGACGACGACGGCGACGGCGACGAACCGGCGGGUGAUCCUCAAGGAGUACGUGGAGGGGUACCCUCGGGAGGAGCACAUGGAGCUGCUCCCCGGCUCCUCGGUGCCGCUCCGCCUGACGGGGACCGAGCCGGCGGGCUCCGUCCUCGUCCGGAACCUCUACCUCUCCUGCGACCCCUACAUGCGGCCCAAGAUGUCGCGCCCGCUGCGUGAGUCCUACACGGCGGCGUUCGUCCCGGGCGACGCCAUCACGGGCUACGGCGUGUCGCGCGUGCUCGACUCCUCCGACCCGCGCUUCGCGCCGGGGGACCUCGUCUGGGGCAUCACCGGCUGGGAGGACUACAGCGUCGUGACCCCGCCCGUCUCCAAGUUCCUCGCCAAGAUCUCCCACCACGGCGAGGGCGUGCCGCUGUCCUACUACACCGGCAUCCUCGGCAUGCCGGGGCUCACCGCCUACGUGGGCUUCCACGAGAUCUGCGCGCCGAAGAAAGGCGAGACCGUGUUCGUGUCCGCGGCCUCGGGCGCCGUCGGCCAGCUGGUGGGACAGUUCGCGAGGCUCGCCGGGUGCCACGUCGUCGGCAGCGCCGGGUCCAAGGAGAAGGUGGAGCUGCUCAAGACCAAGUUCGGCUUCCACGACGCCUUCAACUACAAGGAGGAGCCCGACCUCGGCGCCGCGCUGAAGCGCUGCUUCCCGGACGGGAUCGACAUCUACUUCGAGAACGUCGGGGGCGCCAUGCUCGACGCCGUCCUGCUCAACAUGCGCGUGCACGGCCGGAUCGCCGUCUGCGGCUUCAUCUCGCAGUACAACCUGGCGGACGGGGAGAAGGACGCCGUGCGCAACCUGGCCGCCGUCAUUGCCAAGCGACUCCGCCUGCAGGGGUUCAUCGAGCCCGACCACAAGCACCUGUACCCGCAGUACGAGGCGUGGGUGCUGCCUUACAUCAGGGACGGCACGCUCGCCUACGUCGAGGACGUCGCCGAGGGGCUCGAGAACGCGCCCAAGGCACUCAUCGGACUCUUCCACGGACGCAACGUCGGGAAGCAGCUCGUCCGCGUCGCCGACGACGAGUCGGCGGCGUGAAACCGGCGGCUCGAUUCAAUUGGACCAAUCGAUCGAUGUGUCACUACUGCGUGUUCAAAUUUUCCCCUUUCUUCCAUGAAUAAGUAAUUGUGGCAAUCGAUGCUUUUGUUUGAAAAAAAAACGUGGCUCAUUUGGGCCGUGUUUAGUUUCUCAAGUGAAAAAUUUCACGAUAAUAUAGUACUUUUGUUUGUUUAUGAUAA